AUGGCUGAGACCGGCGCGAGAGACGUGCAGAACCACGUCCUGUUCGAGGUUGCGACUGAAGUCGCAAACAGAGUCGGCGGUAUCUACUCAGUCCUCAAGUCCAAAGCGCAAGUCACUACGGCCGAGUAUGGCGCCGCAUACACUCUCUUGGGUCCAUGGAACAGGGCUUCGGCGGCUGUCGAAGUUGAGCCAAUCGAGCCCAAAGAUCCAGCCUUGGUUGCGACCAUCAAGUCCAUGGACGACCGUGGCAUCAAGACGCUGUAUGGACGUUGGUUGAUCGACGGUGCCCCACGUGUGCUCCUUUUCGACACCGGUACUGGUUACAGGUGGCUUGACGAGUGGAAGGGCGACCUUUGGUCUUCCACCGGCAUUCCCUCGCCUCCCGGCGAUUCUGAGACCAAUGAGGCCAUUGUCUUUGGUUACCUCAUCGCAUGGUUCUUGGGCGAGUAUGUCUACCAUGAGAAGAAGCGAGCCGUCAUUGUCCAGUUCCACGAGUGGCUGGCCGGUGUCGCAGUUCCUCUGUGCAAGAAGCGCCGAAUCGAUGUUACUACCAUCUUCACUACCCACGCUACGCUCCUUGGUCGCUACCUCUGCGCCGGCUCAGUCGAUUUCUACAACAAUCUUCAAUAUUUCGACGUCGACGCUGAGGCAGGAAAGCGUGGUAUUUACCACCGUUACUGCAUCGAGCGUGCCGCUACACACGCGGCUGACGUGUUCACGACGGUUUCACACAUCACCGCAUACGAGAGCGAGCAUCUUUUGAAGCGAAAGCCGGAUGGUGUUCUGCCCAAUGGUCUGAACGUCAAGAAGUUCUCCGCUACCCAUGAGUUCCAAAACUUGCAUCAGCAAGCCAAGGUCAAGAUCAACGAUUUCGUGCGCGGUCAUUUCUACGGCCACAACGACUUUGAUCCAGAGAACACUCUUUACUUCUUCACCGCUGGUCGCUACGAGUACCGGAACAAGGGUGUCGACAUGUUCAUCGAAUCGUUAGCGCGAUUGAACCACAAGAUGAAGAGCGAGAACUCGAAUAUGACAGUUGUUGCUUUCAUCAUUCUGCCGGCACAGACCACCUCUCUUUCGGUCGACUCAUUGAAGGGACAGGCUGUCAUCAAGGCGCUCCACGACAGUGUAAACAACAUUGCCGAAAAUGUAGCCAAGAAGCUGUUUGAGCGUUCGUUGACAUGGACAGAGGGCUCCGAGCUUCCAGAGGACAAGGACUUGAUUACGCCUGCUGACAAGAUCUUGCUCCGCCGAAGAUUGUUCGCCAUGAAACGCCACAACCUCCCGCCUAUUGUUACCCAUAACAUGGUCAACGAUGCUGAAGACCCCGUGUUGAACCAGCUCCGUCGCUGUCAACUCUUCAACCACCCAUCGGAUCGCGUCAAGGUUGUCUUCCAUCCCGAAUUCUUGAACUCCGCAAAUCCCGUCCUGCCAUUGGAUUAUGAUGACUUCGUCCGUGGAACCCAUCUUGGUGUCUUCUCAUCGUACUACGAGCCUUGGGGCUACACUCCAGCUGAGUGCACUGUUAUGGGUGUUCCUAGCAUCACAACCAACUUGUCUGGUUUCGGUUGUUAUAUGGAGGAAUUGAUCGAGAACGCCCAGGAUUACGGUAUCUACAUCGUAGACCGAAGGAUGAAGGGUGUCGACGACUCAGUCAACCAGCUUGUCGACUACAUGUUCGAGUUUACAAAGAAGAGCAAGCGUCAACGUAUCAACCAGCGUAACCGGACCGAGCGUCUCAGUGAUCUGCUCGACUGGAAGCGCAUGGGCUUGGAGUACGUCAAGGCUCGACAAUUAGCUCUUCGACGAGCAUACCCUGCGGCAUAUGAAGACGAUGAUGAGCCAGACUUCUUCAGCUCGCAAGAUGUCAAGAUCUCGCGACCGUUGUCUGAGCCUGGGUCUCCCCGGGACCGUUCGGGUAUGAUGACGCCUGGUGACUUUGCUUCGCUUCAAGAAGGUCGCGAAGGACUGAGCACUGAGGAUUACAUCGCGUGGAAGCUUCCGGAAGAAGAAGAGGCCGAUGACUUUACCUUCCCGCUUACCUUGAAGACGAAGAGUAAGCCUAAUUCAGGCGCAAACACUCCCACUCUGUCUACUGCGCCGAAUGGUACUGACUAG